UCUGAAUCUACACCUCAGUUUGAAAGGCCAUCAUGAUGUCGUCUGCUACUAUAAUGAUUGUGGUAACGUUACUUUCAAUGAUGCCAAUUGUUAGAGGAACACAAGAAAGUGAAACUCAACAAAAGACCUUCUAUGUACACACAACUGGGACUCGGACCAUGAUGUUUAACAUCCCAAAUACUGAACAAAAUGAAGUACAUGAGAGCUUGGAUGAUGUUUUUCUAGGUGAGUCUUUAAACUCGCUCAAGAGUCUAGAAUUAUAUGCUAGUACUGAUGAUUUUUCAAGAAACACUGUGGCUGAAUCGAGUGAUAUGCAUUCAGCAGCUGAUUCCAUAACAACCAGAACUGCAUGCAAUGAAAGUAAUUUUGAAGAUGAUAAUAUUGUACACAAGGAGCCUGAGAUGGAUAUUGAAGACUUGAAUAAGGUGCGAUGUGAUGGUGAAUGCAUCAUUAAUUCGUUGGAUAACAGCUUUGAUGGCCUGGAUGAUACUGCUAGUGAAGAUCCAGUGGUCACCACACAUCUCGGGCAAGUUCGAGGCCGUACUUUGGACAAAGCUCACGUGUUUUAUGGCAUUCCGUUUGCUGACCCUCCUGUGGGAGAUAAACGCUGGACUCCUCCUUCACCCUUGUCACCUUGGUCGUACAUGUAUGAUGCCACAUUUCCCCGUCCCGCGUGCAUGCAGAUGUGUGCUGGGGAGUUCUCUCGGCUGUGUCCUCCUAAGGUUAGUGAGGACUGCCUAUAUCUAAAUGUGUUUGUACCUGUGAGCAUCAACCUGUCGUUGCCGAUAGUAACAGCACUACCAGUGAUGGUGUGGAUUCAUGGCGGUGACUUCAUCGCUGGCUCCGCCUCUAAACCUCUGUACGAUGGCCGCUUCAUCAGUAACUAUAGCAACACAGUGGUUGUAAACAUGGAAUAUCGUCUUGGUGCAUUUGGCUUCUUAGUCACAGGCAAAGAUCCCGAUAGCUCUGCAGUGGGGAAUUAUGGGAUUCUAGACCAGCAGGCAGCAUUGCACUGGGUCCAAGAAAACAUUGCAGCUUUUGGAGGAGACCCAAAUAAGGUUACACUGUUUGGCGAGAGCGCUGGAGCCCAAUCAGUGUGUCUUCAUCUAAUGAUGGAGAGCAGUGAGUCUUUGUUUAGACAUGCAGCCAUUCAGAGUUUACCAUUCUCUUUGCCACUGAAAACCAGAUGGGAUGCUGUGAAACUGGGCUGGGAUUUUGCUAAACAAACUAAUUGCUCAGCAUUUGAUCUGCCCUGCCUGCGCUCUCUCAGUUCACAUGCUGUACUCAACGCCCAGGUUAAAUCAGGUUCUAAGAUCAUCAACCCCUUCCAUUUCCUAGAGGUCUUUGAGACAUGGGGGCCAUUCAUUGAUGGAGAGCUUAUCCAGGAACAGCCAAUCACAGCCUUCCAAACAGGCAACUGGCAGAGUUACAAGCCUGUUAUACUAGGUACAACCUCUGAGGAAGGCGUAGUCUUUGUGUACGGCACUUUCAACCAGUCUGUGUCAGUGCUGGAAUGUUUGCUCUACACUGUUGCUAUUUUUAAGCAACAUGCGUUCAGAAUUCUGCACAAAUACAUUCCUUUCUACCGAAACCAGGACAGACGAGUGAUGCUUUCACAGAUUGUGACAGAUUAUGUGUUUCUGUGUCCGGCUCGAUGGUCUGCUCGUUCUGGAGUAAGAGCUGGCGGAUCUGUUUGGUUGUAUGUAUUUGACCAUGCUCCUUCUGAUCCCAGCAUAUGGGCGGGGCUUCCGUUCUGCUACAAUCACACCUGCCAUGGGGCAGAGCUUCCCUUUCUGUUUGACUCCGGCCCCAGCACAAACUUCACAUUUACACCUCAAGAGAGCCUUCUGGCCAAUCGAAUGGCGUGCUACUGGGGAGCGUUUGCCCACACGGGGGACCCAAACUCUCGAAGUGAACAGACGCACUUUUGCAGAAAGCAGAGGCUUGCUGUUUGGCCACGGUACACGGCUACAGAAGACUGGCCCAUCCUGAACCUGACUCUACAGUCACACCCACAACACGGGGACAGGGACCAUUUCUGUGACUUCUGGGACCAGCUGGACAUCUAUUGAGACACACAAGAUCAUGGCUCUGACCGCAUCUAUCUAAAUCUAAUAUCUAACAAUUUUGACAAACCUUUGACUCUACUCAUACAUAUAUAAUCAGUGACAGGGCCAGUACUAUAUUAACAAGAUGUUAUUUUUAAAGUACAUUACCAUGCAUGUAACAAGAUGUUAUUUUUAAAGUACAAGUCUCUUAUCCUCACCAAGGCUGAAUUUAUUUGAUUAUUUGAUACAGUAAAAACAAUGAUAUUGUGAAAUAUAUUAUUACAAUGC